AUGUAUGUGUUGUCUACUAGUGGAGAGGGUGAUCAGUACCGGGGUGUUCCGCCCGACCCGGGCAUUCGCACCAGUGAGGCUGCCGCUCUAGGUGCUUGCGUGUCUGCUGCCCCAGGUGCUGGUGAGACUGCUGCUCCAGGUGCUAGUGAGUCUGCCCCCCCAGGUACUGAGUCCACUGAGGCACUGCACACCUUCACUCUAGACUCAGGAGCUUCUCGCUGUUUCUUUCGUGACCACACUGCCCUUGAGCAGCUUGCUCGGCCAGUUGCUGUCUCCCUUGCUGACCGCUCUGGGGGUCCGGUCAUUGCGACCUCCUCCACUGUCCUUCCUUGUCAUGCGGUUCCGUCGGGCACACUGUCAGGUCUCCACCUCCCCUCGUUCUCUACGAACUUGGUGGCAGGCUGUGCCCUCCAGGACGGGGGUGUCCACCAGUUCACCCCUGCCUACGAGCGUGUGACACACUGCACGUGUGCUCGGACGGGCCAUCACCUGGCUACCUUCACUAGGCAGCCGGGGUCGGACCUGUACACAUUGACCACUAAGUCCCCUCAGGUAGCUGCGUCUGCGUCUGCGUCAGGUCAGCUGUCAGCCCCCUGCUCGUGUCGCUCUCUGGCGCACGAGACUGUCCUCUGGCACCACCGCCUUGGUCACCCGUCAGUGCAGCGCCUUCGUGCCAUGCACAAACGGUACCUUGUCUCUGGUCUUCCCCGGGUACUCCCUCCCCUCCCACCCUCGCCUGCUCCUCCCUGUCUUCCUUGUGUCGAGGGGCGGCAGCGCGCCGCUCCUCACUCCUCCUCAUUUCCCCUGACGACUGCUCCCUUGCAGACGCUCCACAUGGACGUGUGGGGCCCAGCCCGCGUCCGUGGACAGGGUCAGGAGAGGUACUUCCUGAUCGUUGUUGACGACUACUCGCGCUACACCACGGUCUUCCCCUUGCGCACCAAGGGUGAGGUCCCUGCUGUUUUGAUCCCUUGGAUCCGUGCUUCUCGUCUCCAGCUCAGCGAGCGGUUCCACUCGGACUUUCCUGUCUUGCGUCUGCACUCUGACAGAGGUGGUGAGUUCUCCUCCGACCUCUUGGCAGCCUACUGUGCGGAGCACGGCAUUGAGCAGUCGUUCACGCUUCCGGCCUCUCCACAGCAGAAUGGGGUUGCUGAGCGCCGCAUUGGCUUGGUCAUGGAGGUCGCUCGUACCUCCUUGAUUCAUGCGGCUGCCCCCCACUUUCUGUGGCCGUUUGCGGUCCGAUACGCUGCGCAUCAGCUCAACCUCUGGCCCCGUGUCUCCUUGCCGGAGACCUCACCCACACUGCUGUGGACGGGGGAGGUUGGCGAUGCGUCGCGUUUUCGGGUCUGGGGAUCUCGAACUUUUGUCCGCGAUACGUGUGCGGACAAGCUCUCCUCCCGCGCUGUUCCUUGUGUCUUCCUUGGCUUUGUCCCGGACGCGUCUGGUUGGCAGUUUUACCACGCCACCUCGCACCGUGUCCUGCCCUCUCAGGACGUCACUUUUGAAGAGUCGGUGCCCUACUACCGCCUCUUCCCCUACCGCACUGCCCCGCUCCCCCCCCCGCCUCUCUUCCUCACGCCAGGUGCUGCUGUGGUAGACCCCCUCCCCCCUCAGGGUGCCGCUCCCUCAGGUGUGUCCCAGGUAGACCCGCUUGAGCCUGUCGAGGUAGCUGUCGACUCUCGUCCUGCUAGGGGUGCUGAGCCUGAGCGUGCGGAGCCUGGGGUUGCGGAGUCUGGGGGUGCUGAGCCUAGGGGUGCGGAGCCUGCGGGUACUGAGUCUGGGGGUGCUGAGUCUGGGGGUGCUGAGCCUGGGAGUGCUACACCUGGAGGAGCUCUCUCCUCAGAGCAGCUGCGUGAGUGGUACUUACAGUACUGCAGCCUCAGGAGGGGUGCUUCUGGAGCUAGGAGCGCUGCUGGAGCUGGUGCUAGUGCUUCCCCUCCUAGGCGGGCGCUGCCCUCUCCCCAGCAGCUCCGAGAGUGGUACGCUCGGCACUGCAGUCUCCGGAGUGGCGCUCCUCGCGUCGCGGACCCUGGUGCUGCUGGUGCUGCUGGAGGUGCUACUAGUGCUGGUGCUGCUGGAGGUGCUGGUGCUGCUGACGCUGCUGGAGGUGCUGCUGGUGCUGGAGCUACUGGAGCUACUGGAGGUGCUGCUGCUGCUGGCGGUGCUGCUGGAGCUGCUGGAGGUGCUGCUGGUGCUGGCGCUGCUGGAGGUGCUACUGGUGCUGGUGCUGCUGACACUGCUAGAGGUGCUGCUGGUGCUGGAGCUACUGCCGCUGCUGGAGGUGCUGCUGCUGCUAGCGGUGCUGCUGGCGCUGCUGGUGGUGCUGCUGCUGCUGGUACUGCUGGAGGUACUGGUGCUACUGACGUUGCUGGAGGUGCUGCUGGUGCUGGAGAUGCGGGUGCAGCUGGAGCUACUGGAGCUGCUAGUCCUGGAGGUGCUCGUACUGGAGGUUCUGGAGCUGCUGGGACUGAGCCUGCUGAGGGGGUUGGAGCUGGAGGUGCUGAGCGGCCGAGGCCGUACUACGUUCCACUCCUUCAGCAGGUUCUUGGUCUCCCGCCCUCUACUGGUCCUUCUCCUCCCCUACUGAGUCCACCGCAUGUCCAGUCGCAGUCACAGUUACAGUCUGCCUCUCCGCUGCCUGCUCCUUCUCCUUACACUGCGCCGUCGGGUAGUCUUACGGAGCGUCGUGAGCCUGAGUCUCGGCCUCCGUUGCCUGAGUCUAGUCCUGCGUCUUUUGAGUCUCGUCCAGAGUCGCCUGUCCGCACUGCCCGCACUGGUCGUCGUGCUCCACGUGAGCGUCCUCCUCCUGUCCUGGGCACUCACUACAUGACCCUGCGUCCGUCCACUGCUCCACAGCGCGUCCCUCUGCCGUCUCCUCCUGCGUCCUCUCUUCCUGACGUUGCCGACCCGCUGUCAGACCUUACUCGUGCUGCCAGUCCUACUGUCGCGCGUCUCCUUGCCACUGUUGUCACUGACCCUACCUUUGAGUCCUCUGCUGCGUCUGCUCUAGUCGCUGAGCUUGUUGACUUUGCUGCCGCCUGUCGUCUAGACUACGCCGCUAGCCUUGUCGCUGAGUCUGAGUCUGUCUGUCCUCCGUCCGUCGGGGGUGAGUGUGCUCUUGGCACGGACGUCCUUGAGGACAGACAGGAGGAGUUUGAGUGCUUUGCUGCUGCUUUACCUCAUCACGUGUCCAUGCUGAUUGCCCCUGAGGGAGACCCAGAUGCACCAGACAUCCCGACCCCAUGCUCCUACGCAGAGGCGAUGGAGGGUCUCUACUCCUCUCAGUGGCAGACAGCCAUGGACGCAGAGAUGGCUUCCUGGAAGUCCACAGGCACCAACGUUGACGAGGUUCCCCCACCUGGGGCGAACAUAGUCAGUGGCAUGUGGAUUUUCAGGGUGAAGCGGCCGCCGGGUUCUCCGCCUGUCUUCAAGGCGCGUUACGUUGCACGAGGCUUCAGUCAGCGAGAGGGAGUUGACUUCUUUCAGACCUUCUCCCCGACCCCGAAGAUGACCACUCUUCGGGUUCUGCUGCACGUCGCUGCUGAGCGUGACUACGAGCUCCACUGCCUUGACUUCAGCACUGCGUUCCUACAGGGCACCCUGCACGAGGAGAUCUGGCUGCGCCGCCCACCUGGCUUCACUGGGUCAUUCCCUCCUGGUACCCAGUGGAGCCUCCGGCGGCCAGUCUACGGUCUCCGCCAGGCGCCCCGUGAGUGGCACGACACACUGAGGACUACUCUUGCUGCUCUUGGGUUUGCUCCUUCUACUGCUGACCCGUCGCUGUUUCUACGCACAGACACCACUCUGCCGCCUUUCUACGUUCUCGUGUACGUAGACGACUUGGUCUUUGCUACUGCUGACACUGAGGCACUCGCCCACGUGAAGUCGGAGCUGCAGAAGAGACACACGUGCACAGACCUGGGUGAGCUGACAAGCUAUCUUGGCUUGCGGAUCACCCGGGACAGAGCACAGCGCACCAUCACCUUGACUCAGUCACACAUGGUGCAGCAGGUCCUUCAGCGCUUCCGCUUCACGUACUCCUCGCCUCAGCCCACUCCUCUGCCUACCGGUCACUCGCUCUCAGCUCUGCCUUCGGAUGAGUCCGUAGAGCCGAGUGGCCCUUGUGAGGCUGAGAUCUACGCCACAGCCAUGGCUGCCCAGGAGCUUCACUGGCUCACCUACCUGCUGACCGAAUUGGGAGAGCGGCCUCGUUCUCCUCCAGUGCUGUACGUCGACAACAAGGCCGCCCUUGCCUUGUGUCAGGAGCACAGACUGGAGCACAGAACGAAGCACAUCGCUCUGCGCUACUUUCUUGCUCGAGAGCUGCAGCAGCGUGGUCAGCUUCGUCUUUCGUACGUGGCCACUCGGGCCAACACUGCUGAUGUGUUCACCAAGGCGCUUCAGCCUUGUGAUCAUCAGCGUUUCUGUACUGUUCUAGGCCUUGUGCCUACUGUCCCUCACUUGCUCACUUCUUGA